AUGUACGGGACGUUUCGACAAUCUCGAUUCACCUAUGGGCAUGUUGUUGCUGAGGAUGAGCUGCGGUUACUGCGGCCCUUGCCAAGUCGUAGCGAUUCGCCUUCUUUCUUGGUGUUGAAAGUUCGAAGAUCAGCAGCGCCGAAGUACACUGCAGUUUCAUACACGUGGGGAGAUGAACAGCCAUCUAGAUUUGUUUACCUGGAUGGUAAACAGUUCCCGGUUCGUCGCAAUCUAUGGUCGCUGCUCCACUACCUGAGCCCAGUCGCACUCGCACAAGAUCGCCACUGGGACUACCUGUGGGUGGACGCCAUUUGUAUAAACCAGGAUGACGACUCGGAACGUGCUGCUCAAGUAAGCCGCAUGGACCAGACUUAUCGCAAUGCAACUUGUGUCUCUGUUUGGCUUGGACUGCCUUCGAUUCCCAGUGAACUUUUCACUCUACACCCCUCCAGCGAACCAAUCAACACAUUGGAGGUGGACAUGUACGACUGGGAGGACUCUAUGGAGGAUCUCGCGAAUCGCCCGUACUGGUCGCGUUUCUGGGUAAUCCAAGAAUCCCUGCUUGGCCAAGACGUCGAGCUGUAUUGUAGCAAUACGAGAAUGAACUGGGCGGAUUUCAAGGAUAUUCUCUGCCGAGUAGCUGGCGUUGAUCAAUAUGGCGAUUCACCGUACAGCACAGAGAACACAGGGUCGAGAGCCUUUGGCGCUUUCCCACUGGUCAUGGGCCGACACAUCGACAAGCACCCGGAGUAUUUGCAACCACUUCACGAUCUGAUCAUUGACCACCGUCACUCCAAGUGCAAAGAGCCAAGGGACAGGGUUUUCGCACUGAUAGGGCUUACGACACAGGAUGAACAAGGUCUGCUGCGGCGAGUGUUCCCGGACUACCGCAUGCCGGAAGACCACGUGCUGGUUUAUACGCUUGCUCAUGUAAUGCAGUACGGACCACUGAUCGCAAUUCAACGUGAACAAGGCUUAAUCACAGUAAAGUCAGAUGACUUGUUCCAGGGACUUGGCGUGACAGGGGACUACCAAAGGAGGAAGAAGCUUCUUCGCCAAGCCAAAGCCCUUGACUACUUGUCUGGAGAAUCUGCGGAAGAACUCCAGUAUAUGUUGGCCUUGCAUGAUGAUGACUUCUCCCCCUAUGAUGAGGAUGAUAACGUGGAACCAGCAGCCAACAAGGGUUGGGCGCGCGGGAAGUUUGCACGAGGCGUAGUACUCAUGAUUAUCGUUGUGAUUGCAAUAUCACUUUGGGUACGAAACGGUUAA